AUGUCCUUGACUACUGCUGCUCCACUUUUAGCACUAUUGAGGGAGAAUCAAGAUUCAGUUAAGACAUAUGCCUUAGAAACUAUAAAUACUGUUGUAGACCAGUUAUGGUCUGAGAUUUCGAAUGAACUGCCAGAUAUUGAAGCGUUAUAUGAUGAUGACACCUUUUCUGACCGUGAAAUGGCUGCGUUGAUUGCUUCCAAAGUCUAUUACAACCUUGGUGAAUACGAAUCCGCUGUCAGAUAUGCCCUUGCCGCAGCGGAUCGCUUUGAUAUAGAUGAACAAUCGCAAUUUGUUGAAACUAUUGUUUCAAAAAGUAUUGAGAUGUAUGUUCAGAAGGCUUCCAAACAAUACAAUGAGGACGAACAAUUUUACAUUAAGGAUACCAUUGAUCCAAAAUUAACGUCCAUUUUUGAACGAAUGAUAGAAAAAUGUUUGAAAGCAUCCGAACUGAAACUAGCUUUAGGAAUUGCUUUAGAAGGCUAUAGAUUGGAUAUAAUUGAAAGUGCCUUGAAAAACAAAUUGGCUAACGAUUCCGCUUCUGAAAACGUGAAAAUUAUCAAUUACUUAUUAACCCUUGCCAUAACCACCGUAACAAAUUUUAAAUUUAGGUCCUCAAUCCUAAGAAAAUCUUUUUAUUUCCUAAUGAAUAUGUCUAAUCGCGAUUAUUUGACGCUCAAUAAAGUAGUUGUGAAUUUGAAUGAUGCUGAAUUGGCAUUACAACUGUUUGAAAAAUUAAAGGAAGAAAAUGAUGAAGGACUGUCCUCCCAAAUUGCAUUUGAUCUAGUUUCUUCUGCGUCUCAACAAUUGCUUGAGAUAUUGGUCACUGAAUUAACUACCCAGGGUUAUGAUUCCGCCUUAUUGAAUAUUUUAUCUGGUCUACCGACCUGCGAUUAUUAUAAUACUUUUCUUUUGAAUAAUAAAAGCAUCGAUAUCGGUCUUCUAAACAAGUCUAAAUCAGCUUUGGAUGGGAAGUUUUCUCUGUUCCACACCGCUGUUAGUGUUGCUAACGGGUUUAUGCACGCUGGUACCACUGACAAUUCGUUUAUCAAAGCAAACCUUCCCUGGUUAGGAAAAGCCCAAAACUGGGCAAAGUUCACCGCCACAGCCUCACUAGGUGUCAUCCAUAAAGGUAAUUUGUUGGAAGGUAGAAAAGUAAUGGCCCCUUACUUGCCAGGUAGUCGAGCCUCUUCUAGAUUCAUCAAGGGCGGAUCAUUGUAUGGUCUUGGUCUAAUUUACGCUGGUUUUGGUCGCGAUACCACUGACUACUUGAAAAAUAUCAUAGUCGAGAAUAGUGGAACUACAGGCGAUGAAGACGUAGAUGUCUUGUUACACGGUGCUUCUUUGGGUAUUGGUCUUGCUGCCAUGGGUUCAGCUAAUAUCGAAGUUUAUGAAGCCCUGAAGGAAGUUCUUUAUAAUGACUCCGCUACAUCUGGAGAAGCUGCUGCAUUGGGUAUGGGUCUGUGUAUGUUAGGAACUGGUAAGCCCGAAGCCACUCACGAUAUGUUCACGUAUUCUCAAGAAACCCAGCAUGGUAACAUUACACGCGGUUUAGCCGUUGGCUUGGCUUUGAUAAAUUAUGGUCGCCAAGAGCUGGCAGAUGAUUUGAUUGUGAAGAUGUUAGCAAGCGAUAAGUCUUUAUUGCGCUAUGGUGGUGCUUUCACAAUUGCAUUGGCCUAUGCGGGUACAGGCAACAAUUCUGCCGUCAAGAGGUUGUUGCAUGUCGCCGUUUCAGACUCCAACGAUGAUGUUAGGAGAGCUGCAGUCAUCGCGUUGGGUUUCGUUCUCUUACGUGAUUAUACUACUGUCCCAAGAAUCGUCCAACUUCUAUCAGAAUCACAUAAUGCACAUGUCAGAUGUGGUACUGCAUUUGCCCUUGGUAUUGCAUGUGCUGGUAAAGGCCUACAAUCAGCAAUCGACGUUUUAGAACCAUUGACAAAGGAUUCAGUUGAUUUUGUUCGCCAAGCGGCCAUGAUUGCUUUAUCUAUGAUUCUAAUUCAACAAACAGAAAAGUCAAAUCCCCAAGUUGCCGAGAUUAACAAGAAUUUCCUGAGUGUAAUCACGAAUAAACAUCAAGAGGGCUUAGCUAAAUUUGGUGCAUGCGUAGCGCAAGGGAUAAUGAAUGCUGGUGGUCGCAAUGUUACGAUUCAGCUGGAGAACGCAGACACAGGCACUUUGGAUGCCAAAUCGGUGGUUGGUCUGGUCAUGUUCUCACAAUUUUGGUAUUGGUUUCCUUUGUCACACUUUUUAUCGCUAUCUUUUACACCAACGACAGUAAUUGGUAUUCGCGGUAGUGAUCAAGCUAUACCUAAAUUCCAAAUGAAUUGUUAUGCUAAAGAGGAUGUAUUCAGCUACCCAAAGAUGUAUGUAGAAGCGAGUGGUAAGGAAGUAGAAAAGGUAGCAACAGCAGUUCUUUCCACCACAGCUAGAGCAAAGGCAAGAGCAAAAAAGACAAAGAAGGAAAAAGGUCCUAAUGAAGAAGAAAAGAAAAAAGAGCGUGAGGAAAAGGAAAAGGAAAGGGAGGCAGAUAAAAAAGACAUAAAGGAAACAAAGGAAAAUGAUGAAGAAUUUUACAAGAAUAAAUACUCCUCAAAACCUUACAAAGUUGAAAACAUGACUCGUAUAUUACCCCAACAAUCGAGAUAUAUCUCCUUUAUCAAGGACGACAGAUUUGUUCCCGUACGUAAAUUCAAAGGAAACAACGGUGUGGUAGUUUUGAGAGAUAAGGAACCCAAAGAACCUAUAGAGCUAAUCGAAACUGUAAGACAAAUGAAAGACGUUAAUGCUCCACUUCCAACACCAUUUAAGGUUGAAGAUAAUGUUGAUUUUCCCUAA